UUCGUCUGAGCGGAGGCCACCGCUUUUGUGAGGGUUUGGUUUUUUUGGCUUCCGAACUGCGACGUUCUUGCUAGCUAAAUGUCAAAAUGUUGGCUAUCAUCAGCUGCUGAAAAUUUUCUCCGAUGUUGUGUCGCCGUCGUUGUUAGUUAUGUAUUUAGCAAAUUCAAGCCGUCACCGACAGUAGUGCAUUUGUGAAAAUAUUGUAGUAAUUACUGUGUUGUUUUUGAUUUUCGGGGCGGUGUGAUUCAGUUCUAGUCUAGUUUGUAGGGCUUCAUGGUGGUGCGGAGAAGAAUAGCCUAUUGUUUUUGAUUUACCUGAUUAGUCAUGGAACGUGUAUAGUAAUGGUAGCGAAUUGUGGCUGUGUCUUUGUACGAGUACAAUAUCCGGUCAGAAUAUUAUGUUUAUCCAGUAAAGAAAACUAAUUGUUUGAAAAACAAUAAUAAACAUAUGGAACGAAGAAAAACUAGAAGCAGUCUUCUCGGGACUGCAAAAUUUGUAUCGAUGUGGAUGAUAAAUUUAAUACGAUAACAAUUUUAAGUGGUGCCAAAAGUGACAGCCGCGCGACAAUCAAUUCGGUGAUAACCAUUCCGAAAGUUCCGAUCCUAACAUGUUGGCCAAUUUAUCAUCCUAGAAAAACUUUCGAACAUAGGGUAAUUGGAACUGCAUUCGACAGACAAUAACACAAUGGCUGAGGAUUCGGGAAACUGGAGAAUUUCCGACGAGGAAGGUGCGAACGCUGCUGGUGGAAAUGGACAGGAUUCUACGGGACACAUUUUCCAACCGGACAGUUUACGAGAUAUUCUAGAUACAGCAAUUCAAUCGAAUGUCGAUUCCGCUGAUAUUCCAGAGCUGGAUCAAGAGCCAUUGUUCGCCACGCUCUAUGAUCACAUUCGUCCAGUUCCUCACGUGCGUCCAGUUCCAUGGGCCCCUCUUCGACGGGGUCGCAAUACGAACAUCUACGAGUCGCUACCCUAUUUUCCACCAUCGGUGCAAAUGGACACUACACGUACCAACUAUGGUCUAUUUGGGCCCACCUCGUUUGGGUACUUCCCUUCGCAUCAUCAUCAGCAUCAGCAUCAUCACCAUAACCAUCACCAUCAUCAUCCUCCUCCUCCUCCUCUUCCUCCACCGACGCAUAUGCCAUCCACAAAUCGCUACUCGCCAUCCUAUCAGCACGCAUCCUCUGGUGCGCGAUCUUCCGGUUCAUCGUUUCCUGUCCGUCAACACGCGGACACAGAUUUUGGACCAAGAUUAACCAAUGGCAAUAACUCGGCCAUUCGAUCACGUUCAUACUCACGCACACCGCGAACGGGAGAUGAUACCGGUUCACAAUGGAACAAUCAUAACUUCCAUCAUUACUCCCACGAGAGUGGUAGGGGCGAACGAGAUGGACGCGGCGGAUACACUCGCAAGCGUCAUCACAAUUGUGACAUGUGCAGUCGUCCGAAAAAGCCCGCUCAAGCAGAAGGACUUCAUUCGUCUUCGCCAGUGUCUGGACACUGCAAUAACCGACAGAUCAAAAGAGAGCCUCCGCCACCUAGUCGGCCACCGCGAGGGCCCAUGAAAGUCGAGUCUGUUGAUCCGUUGAUUGGUCAAACCAGUCGAACUCAGGAGAUUUCAUCGGAAAUGAUCAAAAAAGAGGAGAAACCAUCACUGCCUGUGAAACAAGAAACCAAUGAAGUCAUAGAUACAAAGCCUACUGUGUCGAAGGUGAAGAGCGAAGGACCGUGCUCGUGUGACUUUUGUUUCCCGAGUUUGGGUGAAGAUCGGAAACCUACGAAAAAUUGCUGCUCAAAUUGUCAAAACCAACAAGCGGUCAUUAAAGAGGAAACACCUACCAAUGGUUCAACCGAAGAAGUCACUGUAAAGACAGAAUCUGUGCAGGUUAAGGAGGAACAACAAUCUGCAAGUGAACAAACAUCCGCUCCGAAUGCUGCUCCUUCUGAAGAGCCGAUGCCUGGGCCGAGUGGGUUAAAUCGUCACUGGCGAGACCUGCAAAAUAUUGCCAACGAGAAAGGUUUUACAAAACAGGAAAAUCGUCAACUCCGACGUAUUUAUCGUUACGUCUGCGCUGACGAUUACGAUAGCGAAGAUAGCACCGAUAAUGAUACAGAUGAUGAUCCCGAAAUGAUGCUUGGUCAAAACAAUUCAGUCAGUAAUGUCGACGUCGAAUGCGAUAUCAGUGGUUUGGCAAACGUCGAAGUAGAUGCGGUUAACACGACCGACAUAAUACGAGAAACCGAUGGGGACAAUUUUCAGUCUUUCAUCAAUGAGUCUCCAACUCAAAAUGAUUUCAUGGUGAAUACCAGUUCCAGUAGCGUGGAGGAGGUUGUAAACUGCAAUAAGGAAGCUGCGACGUCAUCGAAAACGACAACAGAACAAACGGAUCGUUCAAACGAAAAGCAUCAAAUUCAACAGAAUUCGAAUGAACAACUGCGCCAAAGUGAUGUGCUCUCAGCACCAGAUCUUCAGCUGGACUGGGUUACGGACACCAGCAGCAUCAGCGACGAAAGUGAUGUUGUUCUGAUCGAUCAACAACCGGAGGAAGGACGGGAACCGAUCGAUCUAACCAAUUCGGAUGAGGAAGCCGAUAGAAACCGCAGAAGCCGUAGUAGAGGUUCGGAACAGUCUUACGAGCGACGCACCUUUGGACAUAUGACUAUGCCUCAAUGUCCGGCAGGGGGAAGCAAUCGCGGUGUGCAAUUAGGGCUACGUAGCUCGCUGGAUGGAAGGCCCAUGCACCGGAUGGCAGAGUCUGGACCAUCACCGGCACAUCAUCACCAUCAGCUUCCGCCAAUGCGUCCCCAAAGACACUUCCGGUCGUAUCCACAGUGGAGCUGUGAUAGCCCUAGUAAUUCUCCCGGAGCUGCCCGGCGGAUGAACAGUUGGAACUCGGGUGGCAGAACGUCCCGUCAAGAUCCCAGUAUGAUGCGUCCAACUCCUCUGCUGUCAACGACAUACCCAAUUAUGUGUCCGGCAGCUGAAAUGCACCGACCUCAGGAAUCCAGUCCGCCGAUGUCGGGAGCUGGAAACAGCGGAAAUAAUAGCAACAUGGGAGCUGUUAUCGAUGAUACCAGCAGUGGCAGUUUUAGUAGGCUUAACCAGUUUAUGCCUUGGCUAGGUCCACAAGGAGCAGCGCCAAAUCAAAUGAACAAUAAUUCCCCCGGAAGCACCAACAGGCACGGUUUUCAUAGCUGUGGGAAUAAUCCUGAUGCUGGCAACGGAGGCAACGAUGAGCACUUCAUGGGUUCUCACGGUAUGGCUGAAGCUCCAAUAGACUACUCAAACAGGUUGGGGCACAACCCUAGCAAUUAUGAUAACUCCGGUAGCCGAAACAUGCGUUUUAAUAACGACAAUAAUCAAAGUGAUUAUGAAUCGGGAAGGCAAGCGCCGGCUCCUAAUGGCAACGGACAAAAUGAACCGCGUGGUUAUCGGAAUUAUGGAUAUUCCAACCGAAGCCGCUAUUUGCAUUCGAGUGGUGUUCGUCCACCGUACGCGGUCCAUGAAAAUCUCUGGCAUCGCCAGCAUAACAUGCAAGAGAUACACCGUCGGACGAUGAUGCUACGUGACGUAAUGAACGAUUAUGAUGAUCGCGUUUCCCAAAUCCGUACAAGCCUGCGGACGAGGAACAAUCUAAUUAACUCUUCCUAUAACACUGCGUCUGGUGCGAGUCAGGGUCAUUCCAGCGGUGCAGGCCCCGGUGUUUCCGGAUCUCGGGGAGAGCUUUUCGAUGACGGUAGUUCAUAUUGGUCGGAUAGAAACUAUAAUCAGCAUUCGUCUGGUCACAACUAUCAACAGGAUCUUCGUGUCUUCAAUCAUAGACCGAGACGGGUAUCCUAUCAUACAACCGUGUACCCACCUCUACGGCGAAACGAUCACCAGCACGUACAUCAUCAUAUGUAUCACCACAUCCAACCGCAAGCGAUACUGAGCAAUGCACCACAGGUGCAUUUCAGUAUAGGGCUGCGGCCCAGUCUGUUAUCCAGCUUACACCGGUUUGUUCGCGUGAUUGAAGAUACUUGUUCGAAUCGUGGAGCCACUCAGGAAAUGAUUGAACACAAUACUUUUCCGCACAAAUACAAACGAUUGCGUCGGGCCAGUGAAACCGAUGAGGAUAGCGAAAAGUGUACAAUCUGUCUGUCCCAGUUUGAAGUUGAUAAUGACGUGAGGCGUCUACCCUGUAUGCAUUUAUUCCACAAGGACUGCGUGGAUCAGUGGCUGGUGACAAACAAGCACUGCCCCAUCUGUCGAGUCGACAUCGAGAUCCACCUUACCAAAGACUACAACAUAUGACAGCCGGAAGAGGACGAGGAUCACCCUCCGGGCAGUGCGCACAUCGAGGUGGUCGGUAUUGACGUUGAUCGUCGCCGUCACCAGCAUGGACACUAUACUCACCAUCCAUCGAUCGGGCGCCACCCCGGCCGUGGUGGUAAUGAUUAUCAGCGGCUUUCCGGGAGCGAUUUGCUGUUCUAUUUCUUCCGCUGAAUCGGAUUUUGUUAUUGUUAGGGUAGAAGAAAAAUAGCUAGUUUUGGAGUGCAUGUUCAUCGCCGCUUUGGCACAAGGAGUCAACCACAGGCACAUUGAACGAUAAUUUGUGCAUACUGUAAGAAUUCGUUUCAUGGUGAUAAAUUUUGUUUUGAAUCUCUCUGUAUUUUGCUCGUAACUUUAUAUAAAAAUUUUCAUAUUUUUUCUCAAUACUGAAAUUGGAAGAUUCCCUUCAUGUCGAAUUUCUUAUUUUCGUUUUUUUUGUGAGAGCAAUAAGUGAAUGCUAGAUUUAUACAAUGAAAGAGACAGUAUAGGGUGUUGCUGUUCAAAAAAUGUUAUAAUUAUCUAUGAUAUAUGUAAUAAUAUGAAUAAAUAUUUCUUUUUCUGUUAUAUAA